CCCCACGCGCUGUCCCAUCCGAGAGAGCCCGCGGGCUCCUCAGGUGGCCGGGCGGCUGGGUGCGGUGCGGGCACGGCGUGUGCCCGGUGCCCGCGGGUGUCACCGCAUCUGCCAGGACGCGGGCGGCCGCGCGGGAAAAGCGCCGUCGGCCCCGCCCCUCGCGGUCCCGCGCGCUUUGGCGCGAACCUUCAGUUCCCCGCCGCCCGCCCCGCCGCCAGCAUGGCUCCAGCGCGCCCGCAGCGCCAAGGUUUUUCAGGAAGGAGAAACUUAACGAGAUUCCGAAAUACAAAACUGAUUCCCAUGGAAACAUCUUCAUCAUCUGAUGACAGUUGUGAUAGUUUUGGCUCUGAUAAUUUCGCAAACACAAAAUGCAAGUUUAGGCCGGAUAUUAAAGAAGAACUGGCAAAAAUUUUUCAUGAAGCCUCUGAUGAUGAAUCCUUCUGUGGCUUUUCGGAAAAUGAGAUUCAAGAUGCAUUGAAAUUGGAAUCCGAUUCAGAGGAGAGUGAUAGAAGUGCUGGAAGUGAGGUAGCUCGAAGAAGGCAGAAAUGCUCUGUUCCUCUAAAAGUAGCCUUGAAGUUUCAACCCCGGAGAUCGGAGAGGAGGAAGGGUGAGAUGGAACCUCUUCCUGAAAAGCUGAUGCCUGCUCCGGAUUCUGACUCUGACUCUGAAGAAAAGGGUGCCUUGUUUUUAGAAAAAAGAGCUUUAAACAUAAAGGAAAACAAAGCAAUGCUUGCAAAGCUAAUGGCUGAGUUACAAAGUGUUUCUGGUAUCUUUGGUGGAAGAAAAUCAUUGCCAACUGUCAGUCCUGGACCAAAGCGACUUCCAAGGCGUUCGUUGCCCAGAAGUGCUUUGAGGAGGAACCCAGAACGAAGUUCUCGGCCUCACACAAGAUCCAGGUCCCUCAUUGAAGGUCCUCCUACUCCUUUACCAGAAGAGGAAGAUGACGAUCCAUACGUCUUAGUGAGAAGAAGAAAGAUGUCUGAUGAAUACUUGGAGCAUGAAGCCCGAACUCCCAGGAGGGGUCACCGUGGUGCCAUGGCUUUUCCACACAUUGUGCGCUCAGUUGAAGAGAUAACAGAGGAAGAGCUGAAUAAUAUUUGUGGAUCUGCAAGAGAGAAAGUGUAUAACAGGGCCAUGGGAUCCACCUGUCAUCAAUGUCGCCAGAAAACCAUAGACACCAAGACAAAUUGUCGUAAUCCUGAUUGCAUAGGAGUACGGGGCCAGUUCUGUGGGCCAUGCCUCCGCAAUAGGUAUGGGGAAGAUGUCAGAACGGCAUUACUGGAUCCGACCUGGAGGUGCCCACCGUGUCGUGGAAUCUGCAACUGUAGCUUCUGCAGACAGCGAGAUGGCCGAUGUGCUACAGGCGUCCUGGUCUAUCUGGCCAAGUACCAUGGCUAUGACAACGUGCAUGCCUACUUGAAAAGUCUGAAACAAGAACUUGGAAUGGAAGACUGAAGCUGUGACUGCCUUUAAAUUAUGUACACUUUCACUAAUUUCAUAUUGUUGCCUACAUUGUUGCCUACAGUUAAUUGUUCAAUCAAAUGAGAUUACAAAGCCAGUGCCUGCCUUUCUUCCCCUUUUGGGUAAAAAGGAUAAAGAACUUUUACUAACCUCAAUGCAAACCACACUUGGGAAAACUGUUUAAUGAAGGUCUUUGCUCACAUGCCAUUGUUUUUCUUUUUAAACAACUUUGCAAAUCAGACGGCAUCAGUCUUUGCUUUCACGCUAAUAACUCUUUUUUUUUUUUUUCUCCCCUGAAAGGAGAUGGGGCUUUGAGCCAUUAGGGUUGUGUUCAUGCAGUGUUCCAUGCUGCAGGUUUAUUUAUAUUUUGAAGUAGAUCAUAAAAAGAUACAAAUGUUCUGAAAAUUCAGAAUUAAGGGCACUGUUCCCAGAGGACCAAGUGGGGAAAGGUAUGUGCUUAACACCAGGACAACUUCUGCAACACAGACUCUUACUGAACAUAAAUGAUCAAAUAGAAGCUAAGAAUGCUCUAAAACAACAGUGUAUUUUUAAGUUCAAAAAAGAAGCCCUAAAGGUUGCAGCUGAGCAGUACCCAAGCACUAAUACUUGGUUUUAUAGAGUACUCAAAGUACAUGUUGGCUAUUUCAAGGGAGAUUGUCUGAGUGACUUAAGAAAUGCAGCAGAAACAGUUGGGAGUACCACUCUAUUUUUGCUCAGAUGAGAGGAGGUCGCUGCUGAAAAUUUCCCAGCACUAGCACGAAUGUUGCCUAGUGAUGAAGAUUAUCAGAGAAGACUGAUACACAUUGUGGAAUGACCACUCUGUGUAAAACAGAAUGUACCUUUUCCUAAAUUACUGGUUUUGUGGGUCUCUUCUCCCUGCUCUUGCUGCAACCACAGAACUGCUUCUUUCCAGAAUUGGCACUGGUCCUGGUGAAAAGGGAUGCCUCCAGACCAGGGGUUGAUUCAGUAGAGGGGUAGUUCACGUGGCUGUUAGCCAGCUACAAGUGGAUGGAAGAUGGUAAUUUGUUGAAUUUGGUUAUCGGGAACAGGAGCAAUGACAAUCACUGGAAUCAGAAGCCUGAAUUUUUUUUUUACCUCUGAAAAAAAUUAAAAAGCAAGGACUUUCUAAGCUAUAGUCCAGUUUAAAGCAAGUUAUUCUUCCAGUUGCAUAGAGCAGCAUAAAGGUAAAUAUAUAAUGUUCUUAGGAGACACCCUGAUGGCAGUAACAGAUGAGGAAGAACAAUUGCUUCGUCAAAAAGGCUUUUAAAAAUAAAUAAGGACAUGUAUUGGGUUGCGUAUAAUUUGUGAGCACUUAUAAGUGUGAUUAGUGCUGUGGUCUACUCCUUAACCAUCCAGCCCUAUUUCUGUAUCUGGCUCUGCAUGACUGUAGAAGGAUAUUUUGCGUGAUGUUGUUAAUGAAGCAUGAGCACAGUGAAAAUGUAGCUGAAGAAUUCUAAUGUGCUCUGUUGAUGGGGUCUUGUGUACUCAGUGCUGUAGAAAAGAAGAUGCCCUGGAAAUUGCGUUUGGAGAACCACAAAGUGUAUAAAUGUGCUUAGUUUGGUUAUGGAAACUGCUGAAUAAGCUUUGUACAAGGUUUAGAAUGCAAUGUUAUAAACAAUGUAUGGUUGAAUAGUAGAAGAAUCAACUUGCUUUUAUCGAGCACUAGAAGAAAACAUGGGUUUAGACUUCUCUGCUUGCACAGUAUUUGCACUGUGCGUAUACAUAACAAUCCACAGUUUAUACCUUUCUGGAAAUUACAUCAGUGUAAUCAACAGGAGAGAAGAAUUUAAAAAUGAGAUAUUUAUGUCUCAGACUUGCAGUUCUGUUUCAUAAAUCAUCCAUCCUAUUGAAAAUCUCCUGCCUUCUCUUUGUCUGUUUUUAUGGUGUGAAUAGCUGUGCAAUCUGAGGUGGAAAGUGCUUUACCCUCUAGGUACAUUUUGUGAAGAAGGAGCUCUAGAAAUACAUGUUCUGACAGAUAAGACUGAAUUUUUUAGGUUUUUUUUGCUCUUAAUUGCUGGACUUACCUUCUGAUUGCUUUGAGUGUGAAAGGACUGUGCUAAAAGCAAACCCCUGCAUUGUAUCACAGACUGUUGUAUUCAAAUUUACUCGGAUCUACAAUGUUCUGUGCAAAUUCUUUUUAUUUUGAAAAUAAAAAUUUCCUGUAUUUGA